AAUCUAUAUUGACUUCCGACUGAACUGGUUUCCUGUCAGCAAAUUAAUUUGGUUUCCCCUGGCUCUAUCCUUUUUCACUAAAUCCUAGAGGUUCAAAUAAAGAGGCACCACAAGGGGUACUUACUUUGACAUUUCCCAGCUGACGGAUCGCAAUAUCUUGGUGAUCACAAUGGAGAAGGAACAAUAUAUCAUGAAAAUGGAACAAGCACUGACUGAAGUUAACCAGAUAAAACAACAGCUACAAAGAAAUGCUGCUGAGGUAAAAUCUGAGAUUCACUCAAGUAUAAGCCGUCAGUUAGAAGCUCUGAGAAACCGUGAGGUAUGGCUGCUGAAUCAAGUAGAGUUGAUACAGAACAUGAAGGAUGAAGUAUUACACAUUCAACAAGCCAGACUUAACAAGAUGUUAGGUGUGGCACAGAGCUGUCUAACAGAAAGUCUGGGAAAUAAAUUUGAUUCCACUGACCUGAAGCCUGAUGAGAAUCCAUGGAUUUCUUUCAAAUAUGAUGCUGCUAAGUUGAGAGAGAGUAUAACAUCCUAUGGAAGAGUAGAGUCCAGUAAUAGACCCCCUAAUACAGUGUUUGUAAAGCCAGGACACCCAGCUAGGAGUCUACCACCACAUUUUGAGGACUAUGAUGACGCUGACCAUCAUGUUCUGUACAAGACUGUAGAGGGGGCAACCAAAUCAUCAAAAAGUACUGUGGUUACUUUCACUCUCCCGAUUCUGUCCUCAUCAUUAAAAGAUUGGUUGGCUUACUCCAAUCCUGCUCCAGUGUCAUCUAACACCAGUGACAAACAGACAAUCUCAUUCCCUGCCAUGAGUUCUUCUGACAAGGAAUGGCUGACUGGUUCCACCACAGCUGACUCUAUUUCACCAUUGUCCUCUGAAUCUACUGGUUCCUGGCAGAUGACACGAGAUGAUACUGAUGUCAAUAUACAGAUGUGGUUAAAGGACAUCAAACAGAACCCAGUUAUUGAGGAUGAGGAUGAUUUUGAAGUCAUCUCUAAGAAGGAGUUCAUGGGAGCUGACAGGUUUCAGAGAAAAGUAACAGUGCCAAUUUCCAACUCUGCUCCAGACCUCAAGUAUAUGGACCAAGAAACAUGGCUUAAACCAGAAAGCCAAACUCAAGCUGGUGCUCCAAAAUCCAUCAAGCUACCAUCUCAUUUAGAAAACAGUGGAACAGAAACUUGGCUCUGCAAAAAAUGGAAGAGGAAUGCCAAAUCAAGCUGUGAAGAGAGAUGUGGAAAGACUGGUCCUCUAGAAAUAGAAAACAUCUGUGACUACCUGAAUGAUAAGGUAUGGAUAAAGUCAACAUCCUGUAGCGACAAUCGUCAGAUGGAAGUCUGCAAAGCAAAUGAACCUUGCCAGGGACCAGAUCAAUGUGUUGCCACUUCCCACUGUUUCUACACAAACAAUGCAUUUCCCAGUACAGAUAACAGUCAAUGGUUGUUAAAUGGUGGUAAGAACAUUGCCCCAACCACACCAAUCAACACUUGCAUGUUUCAACAGUUCAGAAAACCAUCUAAUCAUGAACAAUCCAACAUGUGGUUAAAAUCGGGUAAUAAACAACAACGCAACCUUGAAGAUUGGAAAGCUAGACCUAUAGAAAUGGAAGAAAAAGUAUGGAUAAAAAAAGAUUCUUCUAAUGUCCUUCCUGAGUCAACUACACCCUUUAAGACAAGUGCAUCAUGGGACAAGGUUAUGACCUUUCAUAGCCAGUUAGGUAAUGACCAGUGGCUCUUUCAAGAAGCUCGCAAGCAAGAGCACAACCCUUGGAUCCUGAAAAAUUCUUCCCCUGCUGAUGAGAUGUGUGAAAACGAUCAAUGGAUUUACACUAAAAUGGAUGAUGCCAUAGACAUUCUGCAGUAAAACUGUUAUCUAUGAUAUUUGUGAGUUUCAAAUGAAUGACAGAUAAGAAAAUAACAAAUGAAUAAUAUUGAUAUUAUUUACGCUAAUCUUAAAAUUGCAUAUUAUAAAUGCAUGCUAUGACUCAUCCAUGUUUUAUUCAGCUUUCAAUUCUCUAAUUCUGUCGGAAAUCCAAUUAUCAAAUUGUUAGGGUAGUGAAAAAAAUCCAUGAAUGCCAAAGUUUAAUGUUGUUUUUUUCCCCAAAAAAAUCCAUAUCAAUUUGUCAGUAUAAUUAUAAUCAGGAACAGCAAGUUAACUAUUCUUAUUUUAAUGUUUUGAUUAUUUUGACAAUUGCUAAUUUUCAUUUGAAACUUACUAAUUUUAAAGCAUUUACCGGUGUUUGUUUAUUAAAUGUUUGUGCAUUUUUAUGUAGAGAAAAGUUGGUUUUGAAAAAUAACAAAUCUUACAAAGUUUCCUAAAAAAAUUGUUAAUAAAUUAUGAUAUAGAUAAAAAGGAAGGGACCUCACAAGAGGUCUCUGUGUGAUUGGUGUUCAUAAUUAAUUUUAAGAUGAAAAUUCAUGAAAUGAUUCAUCUAUUCAAAUGUGAUAUAAUCAGGGUAU